CAAUUUAAGCCCAUUCUCUCUCCAACCAAACCAGAUAACAAUCAAAUUGUUCAGAUCAGAAUUCAGAACUGUGCGCGGAAGAAGAUUACGACGUCGUCUGCCCUACUCAUUCUUUUCUUUUCAGAUAUUAUAGGCUCCUCCGUCACAUAGGAGUUGUAGCCGUCUUCCAUCUUCAAUAUUUUGACGCUUUCUUCUCCCCAAUUAAAAAAACCCACUAUUUUAUUCUCAUAUUUUCCAGUUUCGCUUUACCUUUUCCAUCUCCCACUCUUUUUCCGAGAAAAUUACUUUUAUUUUUAUAAAAUAUAUUCACUGAGAAAAUUGACCCACCAAACCAAAAGCCAAAUUCGAAGCGCAAAUACAAGACAGUGAGAGCCUCCAUAGACAUAACAGCUCAGACCAAAAAAGAGAGACCCUCUUUCUCGAAUUCGGAUUUCUAGGGUUUCUUCUUUUGUAGCUGACGGGAAAUCUGAGCCGUUCAAACGAGGAUCUGAAAAUCGAAUCGAAUGGCCUCGCAAGGGCAGGGAGCGAUGGACCCUGCCGUACUCGAUGACAUAAUCAGACGGCUCACGGAGGUCCGAUUAGCCCGGCCGGGAAAGCAGGUUCAGCUCUCGGAGUCUGAGAUCAAACAGCUUUGUGUUGCUUCCAGAGAAAUCUUUCUUCAGCAGCCCAAUUUGCUCGAGCUGGAAGCCCCAAUCAAAAUCUGCGGUGACAUCCAUGGGCAAUACAGUGACCUAUUAAGGCUCUUUGAAUAUGGUGGUUUCCCUCCUAGUGCAAAUUAUCUUUUCUUAGGCGACUAUGUGGAUCGUGGCAAACAGAGUUUAGAAACAAUCUGCCUCUUGCUUGCCUAUAAAAUUAAAUAUCCAGAGAACUUCUUUCUGCUAAGAGGGAAUCAUGAAUGUGCCUCUAUUAAUCGUAUAUAUGGAUUCUAUGAUGAGUGCAAGCGGCGAUUUAAUGUGAGACUUUGGAAAUCCUUCACUGACAGCUUUAACUGUCUUCCUGUGGCUGCACUUAUAGAUGACAAAAUAUUAUGCAUGCAUGGUGGUCUUUCCCCUGAUUUGACAAACUUGGAUCAGAUCAGAAACUUACCUCGUCCAACUGCUGUUCCUGAUACUGGCUUGCUUUGUGAUUUGCUCUGGUCAGAUCCUGGUAGAGAUGUUAAGGGAUGGGGAAUGAAUGACAGAGGAGUCUCAUAUACAUUUGGCCCCGAUAAGGUGGCAGAGUUCUUAAUGAAGCAUGAUUUGGACCUUGUUUGUCGUGCCCAUCAGGUUGUGGAGGAUGGUUAUGAAUUCUUUGCCGACAGGCAACUUGUUACAAUUUUUUCAGCCCCCAACUACUGUGGUGAGUUUGACAAUGCUGGUGCAAUGAUGAGUGUAGAUGAGAACUUAAUGUGCUCUUUCCAGAUUCUUAAGCCAGCCGAGAAAAAAACAAAGUUCAUGAUGUCAACAAAAAUGUGAUGAUUGCAAUAUCACUGCUCCAGUCUUGAACCAGGCAUUUUUUCCGUUUUUUUGUUGGGUGACUUGGCUGGAAAUGAAGGUUGCCAGCCUCAGAACUUUCCUCUUAUCUCUAGUAGAUCCCAAGUACGGUGCUUCAAGCUGGGGAGGGGCUAUAGAAGCUGGAUGUCGGGACAAAUACUCUGGAGUCGCUUGAGGCAGAAGAAUUUUAUGUUUCCUCGUUCACCUUUCUCUGUAAUGCUUUAUUCUGCGACAUUUGUGUACAUAUAUUUGGUCUGGCAACUCAUUGUUGUGCUUUCCAUUGAGGCCAACAGAAAUGGCCGCAUUUCACUCCCUAAAGAAGUCUUCAGUUUUCUCA